UAUAAAUCUACGUUCAAUAAUGGUACCUGCUUAAUGUAUUGAUUUGGCGACGUCUGUUUGAUGUUCUGUUUCUAUCAUACAUUUGAUUAAAUAGAAAUGGCAUUUUGUAUAUAUCGUGCUAGUGCUGGAUUAUAGAGGAGCUUUUGCAGAGAUAGCGAGCUUAUUGUCCAGCAUUCAAUGAUGUCCCGAGGUUUGUGAAGGAGCUUUAACAUUUUCUGAAUGUAGAUAGACUAUAUGCAAGACGUUUCAUUGAGUAUUUCCGUACAGGAGACAGUUUUGUAAAAUAAUUGGUAUUCUCUAAAGGCGAUAAGAUCUGACAGGUGCUGAUUAAUGCAACAAUAUGUCCACAUCUAGAAAAUCGCUACUCGGCAUCUCAAACAGAACACGGCUUUCAUCCAUGAAUGGGGAUUUCAUAUAUAUGUUGAAAGAUUUACGAAAAUCCGAAACAGCAAAUAACGUAAUACACAACAACCGACUUUUUAAAGUAAACAGCGACAGAGAAAUUGACAAAAUGCAAAAGGAACACAUGCUUCAAAUUUCUAGUAUCAAGAAAAGCCAGGAAGCCAUUUACAAAACUUUAGUGCGGGUAAAUAGAGACAAAAUAAAAACAACAAAGGAACGAGUCUCCAACACGCAGGAGGAUUUACGUACACGAACCCAAAAGCUUCGGCUUAAAUUGCUAGUCAGAAAGGUCAUUGAAAAGUUCAGGGAAAAUGUCCAAGAGAAAAAGUUACGUAGGUAUGUGCUUUCAGACCAGUCUGAUGGGAACCAAAUUAAAGUGAAAAUUUGUUCCGUAUUGUCCAGCAGACAGGAGACCGACGCGUCAAGAGAAGACAACAACGAAGGAAAAUCGUUUGUCCACGAAAACACAGCUGAUACUCUGAAUUCUUUGGUUACAUUGACCAACAGCAAGCCAAUGGUGGGACAGUUAAGCAGACCGACUUCUCGGUCCUCUUUUGAGGACGCCAUUACGGCAGAAUAUCUGGACAGAGACAACGAGGCCUACAACGAUGAUUGCAAUGACCAGACGUCUGUGAUUAACGAAGGAGGAAUUACAAUUAAAGAAAUAGAAUUGCCCAACAGCAAACCAACAACUCCUCCAAAACGCACGAUAGUUGUUACACUUCCAAAUCUAUCGUCUGAUAACACAAUGAAAAAGAAGAAAAAGGAGUCUACUAGAGCUUUCGUAGGUACAUCUAUGAAAUAUAGAGACAUGUACAACUGUUCGAAGUGUGAAAUCAAAGAAAUGGAGACCAAUGGGAAAAAGACACCAAACAGAGUAAGAAGUGGUAGAUCAUCAUCCAGUGGAGGGAGUUACAAAAUGGACGAAAAUAACUCUAGAUUGAACAGACUAAACGACUUACCUUCACUAAAAGUAACUCUUGAUCAAAUUAAUGCCGGAACAUGUUCUGCCGUCUUCCAGAACACAAACAAUUUGUUGAACAAAGUUGAACACUUUCUAAACACUUCCAUUAAAGAGAGAAAUAAAGAUCCUUCUAAAUUACAAGAAGCAAGGAGAGAAGAAGCGGAGAAAGUAAAACAUCGAAAGAUAACUCUAAGAAAUCACCUAAUUGACACAUCUGGAAAAUCAUCAGGGCGCAGCAUACCUAUGGUUAGAGCAGAAGACCCAGAAACUGAAAAGCUUUCAGUGAUUGGACUGAAUCCAAAGAACAAUGAUAAUGCGGAGGGCAGAGUGUCCUCCAUGUCUGUCACUUCUGGACAAAGUUCGGCAUCUUUGUCAAAAAGAAUGAGUGUGCAGUGUGUCAAUCGAAGACGAGCGAAAGCAAACCAAGAGAGGUUUCCUAAACUUCAGGAGAGUGUGAAUGAAUCAAAAGAAGGGCAUCAUGGACAGGAUCAUCCUAUCGUAUUUCUGGAUACUAAAAUAGAACAAUCUGUAAAGUUAGAGAGGAAGACUCAGAAGAAGUUAAUUAAGUCAGAACGGGCUGUAAAAGGGUUACAAAAGGAGAAGAUGAACGCAUUCAUCAAUAAUUUACCAAAAGAAGUGGAAGAGAAACAUGCGCCACACCCUUUACCCCCAAAACCAGAAUUUAGGAAACAGCCAGAGGCCACUCCAAUCACUACUACCACUACGGAAAAUAAAGAAACGGAGGUCAAAAAACCGUCCAAUAUGUCCGAUUUCGUAUACAGGGUCUUUUUAAGACAAAAUCAAUUUUCCAAACUCCCAACGUAUAUGGACCCCAACUCCAUGGAGGCUGUACGUCACUGUCGGUAUUUACGUCACUACAAGAAUAUGAACCCGGCUGAAAAGAUGGCAGCUCGCUGUGCUAUAGCUAGAAGCUCCUGCUAUCGAUCCAAACCCUUUUCUGUAAAGGAAGAAUUUCGAGCAAUGAAUCGUGUAGGGCUUGUGCCAUCUUCUGCUUAUUGAGCUCCAAAUAGUUUUAGUGAAUAAUGACUACACACAACUACUGUCAGAAUUUUGAACUUCAGUCAAACAAUUCUUUUCUACCCAUCAUUCACAAAAUACGUAUAUCUUUAAAUAAUAAGCAUCUUUAGUUUGAUACUUAAAUAUUUCAUGGAAUUUCAUCAAAUUAAGAAAUAUAUUUACAUACAUGUACAAAGCGCUCUUCUUAUUUUGAGAUCAAUAUACUUGAGAUUUCAAUUCGCAGUUUAUUUACUUUCUUUUUUACAAAGUCAAGUAUAUAAAGAUAUUCAAAAUAAGAAAUUGGGCAUUGCCGUUUGAAUCCACGCAUUUUUGUAUACUUUAUUGAUUGUUAGUUACGUUAUAUACAGACCAUCGUUUGUUACAAUGGUUCACAUCGUUGAUUAUUUAGUAACACUCGUCUUUUCGCUUUUAUUCUAAAGUAUACACUGUAUUGCGUGAGGUCAAAUACCUAUUUUUACGAAUUUUUCCUUAUAUGUAUCGUAUCAUUCGUUAACAGUUCUAAUGUUUUUAAUUCUUUAAAAAAGUGUACAUGUACCUACAAGUAUUGUAGAUGAAAGAUUAUUUACUAUAGCUCGUAGCAUCCUUAAUUUCCUAGUCAUUUAUGUUACAUGUACCAAACAAUUAAUAAAACUAUUUGUUUUGUUCUAGAUUCUGUAAACAACGAGAUCUUCUGUUUAUUCUGUGUGUUUUUGUAUACUAUAUAUUUAUCUAUUACGUAUCUAUCGUUUGUUACUAUCGUUGUUAUUGUCGGCUAGUUGGUGACAUUCGUCUUUUCGAGUUUUACUUUUAAAAAUGUGUACAUUGUAUUUGCAUGUGGUCAAAUUAAACUCACACAAAAUUGCUUUGCACGUACAGUAUCAUUCGUUAAACUCCUGUAAUAUUUUUAUUCAUUUUUGUUUCAUUUUCAGAGACGCACGAAUGCUUACGAAUUUCCUAGUCAUGUAUGUAAUCAAAGAUUUGGUAUUUGAUUGAUUCUGUAAACACAGAGAGCGUCUGUUCACUUCUAAGGUACAUUUUAUAGGUGUAUAAUAUACUAAUAUACCUCUAUCGUUCCUUUGUAUGGCAUUUUGUUUAAAUCUCCGUGUUUGACAUUUACAAAUAACCACAAUUAUGAAAAGAAAACAUGCACAUAGACUUUUGUCCAGAUACAGAAAUACAAAUAGCAACUGCUACAAUAUACAUGUAUACUGUGCGUUUAUUUUAUAACAAUAAGUAUACUAAGGGCCACAUGUUCUUAUGAUUCAAAUAAAGACAAAAAGCGGCUUUUGUCUCUUGAGAGAGUGUGAUUCGUGAUAACUUCUACCGUUUCCCGUCAUAAUUCCUUUUACACUAAAGGAAAUUCAUUCUUGAAUGGGCUUAGUAACUAAUGUGUGAAAUGUAAUUCUGCAAUGGCAAGAUGAAUGAAGCGAUCAUGUACUAGUAUUUCUUAAAUGUAAUAUAAAAAGAAUUAAAUCUUCACCUUUCAUCAGGGAAGUCUUGUACAUUUCGCCGAAAUCAUUGAUGUUUAAAACUUUUACUCGGGUAAAAUGUUUUACAAUCUGUUGUUUUACACCGACAAUUUACCAUAUAAAGACACCAUCUCCUGGAUGUAAGGAAACGUUUCACUUCGAUCAUAGGGUACAACGCUAGAGGCAGACGACUUGUUUUCUUUAGUUCUUUUCUUCAUGAAAAAUAAUGUCCUUUUCUAAAUGGCUGGGUUUGUUGUCAACGUCAAAAGAAAUAAUUUAAACGAAUUUAAGAGAGCCUUUACAUUUGUAUGAAUAAAUAAUACCUGUAAAAUGACUUGUAAAUGACAAAUAAUGCUUUUACCUGUUAAUUAUUAGUAUUGCUGCUCUCUCUCUCUCUCUCUCUCUCUCUCUCUCUCUCUCUCUCUCUCUCUCUCCUUUUUAAAAGAGAAAGUAUCAUAUUCAUUCAUUGUUUAACUUAGUCAAAGUUUGUAGAAUACUUGCACAUUAAACAAGAAA